GCACAUGCAUACAGGCUUUUGGGUUUCAACCUGGGAGUACAAAGACAUCGUAUCAUCCCCCAAAGGAACGGCACUUGAAUGUGACACCGUACUCCGACCAUCAGAAUGAAUUUCCAGCCAUCCCUGCCAACACCUGGAUUUCCAAACAUCCCCGCGGUACCGCCUGGGUGGAAAGCUGAAUGGAGUGCACAGUAUGCUAGAUACUUCUAUGUCAAUCUGAACACUAAUGAGAGCGUUUGGAUCUUACCUUCGGUGCCAACGCUUGAUCAGACUCAAACUCCUCAGCCGGUGGUUCAGAGGAAACCGUUGCCAGCUCUGGGCGCGCAACUACAGGCAACAAAUGGCUACUUACCUCAGCAACAAUCGCAGGUCCAGUACCCGACCAGUGCUCAGCCUUUGUUUCAGCAACAGCAGCAACAACAGCAACACAGUCCUCUGGCACAAAUUCACCAGCACUUCUCGCCUCUUCCAACACCGGGCAAAACCCAGCAGCGAAACAGCUACAUCUCGCCCAGUCCUCAAUACCCCCCCGCGCAACAGCAGAACAUUACCCAAGCAUCGAGCCUCGCGCCAUACAAUCCACAGCUAGGUCUCCACACUCCUCCUACCGAGCAGCAACAACCUCACUACACCACCCCUUCUGUGGAUUCAAAUGCAUACUUUGCGCCCCCACCGCCAGCUAACACCACCACCCACCACCCUCAACACGCAUACAGCUUCGCACAACCGCCACAACAGUAUCCCCAGUAUCCACAUCAGACACAGGCAUACCAGCCCGCCCCGCCAACACCUCUGAUGCAGCACACUCACCGUCCCUCGACGCUUUCCUCCCUCUCGUCGAAUCCAACGCUGAACAAGUGGUCAAGCAAACUAAGCGGGUUCCAGAACAAAGCCAGCGCAACACCGGUCUCGACGAUGGCGAGACCUAUACCUACGCCUGCGGCUGCGCCGAAGGGUGCGGCUGGGGACUGGAAGAAAUGGACUAAACGCGCUGCGAUCGGUGUUGCGGCCGUGGGCGCGUUGGCGCUGGGUGUGGAUGCGAUUGGCGACGCGGGAGCGGCUCUGAGCGGAGGCGGAGACUUCAGUGGAGGCGGAGACUUUGGCGGAGGGGAGGUUGGAGCAGGGGGGAGUGAGGCGCUCGAUGCGAGUGCGGCGCAGGCGGCGAUGGAGCAGCAGGGGCAGCAGAAUGCGCUUAUGUUGCUGGAUCCGCCGGGGACGACUUAUACAGUUGUGAAUUCAAACAGUCUGAUUUGAGGAUGGGGAUCUAGGGGUUAGGGAGGAUCCUUGGAUGAUGGAGCAUACGGUGAGAGGUGAAUCAGGUUUGUCUGCUGAUGAAAGUCGAAGUGGAAAUUCCGAGGACGAUUUGGGCUGUUGUCGUAGUGGUUGAAUAAGUUUGCGGGCUUCAAGGUGGAGGCAAUAUUGAACAACGCGUGGCGGGUUUGGCGUGACUGCCUCCGACCUCCUGAGUGACGUGUGUGAAAGCUUUGGAUAUGUUCGAGAAUCCCAAUACAGCCUCGUUAUCAGCAAGACAG